AUGACUGAGUCAGGUUGCUUACCAUGUAGUGUUCAAUCGCGGCAACACUCUCCACCGUUCUCCGCUCUAGCCAAGACCAAAACCGAUACCCAUGUCUUGGAGAGGCAAUCAAGUAACUGGUGUGACAUAUCCGUUCUUGUGCUGAGUGGCGAUAAUAUGUACGUCCCCAGUUCCAACAACUCUGCCCCCAGCGUAAUUCUUGAUUUGAGAAUACAGGGCAGAGCCAAUCCAGUGGGGAAGCCAGACCCCGGAAUGGAGGUCAUCUACAUUUACUCCUUCAUCAUGCUCUUGUGGAAUAACCAUACAUCUGAUGAAACAUCAGUCAUACUUUAUGGAUUGUCGAUCGGCAUCGCCGCAACUAGCUCCAUCUUCUUGACUCGCUAUCUGCUCAGUGUGACAGGGCGUUCUGGAACUAUUUUGGUGCUCUCAAUCUCUCGGACAAAGGCAGCCAACACAAACGCCAAUCACCCGAACUUGGAUUCUUUUCAGCGAGCAAAAUCCCUCUUGGACAUUUCUGGGCUGUCAAGGCAGGAUUGUUUCCAAAAUUAUUUCAAUUUCGUUCUUCUUUUUGUCAUCAAUUUGAAAAGUCUCGGCAUCUUGCAGGGAUUCACGGCUUUCACUUAUCAAGAAGGCAGCUGGUGGAUGAGGAGGGAAUCUGGAGCUAUGAUUAAACCCUGCCUCUGGGUGUCUGGAUGCUGUGAUCCCUACCCAGCCGUGGAUGAGAACAGUAACAUUGGGCAAGCAACACCUUCAACCUACAUCUAUGGCGGAAAAACUGAUCAAAAUUUGCAUAGCUGGCUUGAAACCGAGAGGCGGCGGGAGAAUGGCAAUGGAACUGGCGAUAGUUGCCAAGUCUACGCCCGCCGCAGCCAGAGCCAGGGUUGUCAUGGCACCAUGUACAGGUAUUGUCCUCCCUAG